UUCGGUCUCCUUGUCCGGAGCGUCUGAGAGCCCUCACUACUCACUCUGUCUCACUGUCUCUGCAACUGAAGCUCCUUUAAUGGCAGAACCGUAAAUACCCUCUUUAAUGGAUCGUUCUCCUCCCCAGAAACCCUAAUUUCCGUCUCUUCUUCUGAAAACCCAUGUCAUUUCUGGUGUUUCGUUUCUGCUUCGACGGUUCAGUCCUUCGAUCUCUCCACUGAAAUCGUUAUUUUAUCUUUUUCUGUUUUUUUCCUUUCUAAGUACUUCUGCUUUUUAGUGGCGGAAGAGACGUAAUGUAGAAGGUUUAGUGACUACUCUGGUACAGCUUAGUGCUUGUUUCUGCUUUUGUGUGAUCCAUGCUUUUUCCUUUUUAGAAGUGUAAGCGUGCUUAUUCUAUAAGCUCUCGUUUUUGUCCUUCCGGUUAAGCUUCUUUCAUGGCGUAAAUGUGAAUGUCAGAGCUCCAUUGAUUCCUUACGUGGGUGGCCAGUGGUAAAAAACCAUAGCUUUUUUUCUUUCCUCGCUUUACUUGGAUUUGGGAUUUUUUAAUGGCGGGAAUGUGAAGAGAGGAGAUUUGUAAAUUGGGAUUCCUUUCUUGUGGAUUGAGCCGGAAAAAAAUCGUAGCUUUGUUCGGAUUUUAUGCGGGUUCGGUUGCUUUCAUGACAGCAAAAUGUAAAUAGUAGCUUCGGAGAUAGGAUCACUUGAACUUGAUUUCUCUGUUGCAGACUUGGAAGAAAGUCAAGAAACAGAUCUUGAGUUACUGCAAUUGCCAUUCCAUCGAUGAAAAUGAUAGCGAUGAAGUCAUGUAAAGUUUUAGUGCUUUUUAGCCUUUUUGUUUUUGCGAAGGCAGCAGAGGUUUACAUCGUGACACUUGAAGGGGAGCCUGUAGUGAGUUACAGGGGUGGUGUUGAAGGGUAUGAAGCCACUGCUUCGUCUGAUGAAAAGAUUGAUACCACUAGUGAAUUGGUUAUAUCCUACUCCCAUCACCUUGAAAAGAGACAAGAUAUGCUUCUUGGGUUGCUUUUUGAACGUGGGACAUACAAGAAGCUUUACAGUUAUCGGCAUCUUAUCAAUGGGUUUGCUGUUCACAUUUCCCCUGAACAGGCGGAAAUCCUUAGACGGACCCCUGGUGUGAAAUCUGUGGAGAGAGAUUGGAAGGUCAAAAGGCUGACAACACACACCCCACAAUUUUUGGGGCUUCCAACGGGAGUAUGGCCGACAGGUGGUGGCUUUGACAAGGCAGGAGAAGAUAUUGUGAUAGGCUUUGUGGACUCAGGGAUAUAUCCACAUCACCCAAGCUUUGCAACUCAUAACACAGAGCCAUUUGGCCCUGUUCCUAAAUAUAGAGGGAAGUGUGAAGUUGAUCCAGACACUAAGAGGAGCCUCUGUAAUGGGAAGAUUGUGGGAGCCCAACAUUUUGCUGCAGCUGCGACUGCGGCUGGAGCAUUUAACCCAGCAAUUGAUUUUGCUUCACCUUUGGAUGGUGAUGGGCAUGGAAGUCACACAGCAGCAAUUGCAGCUGGAAAUAAUGGAAUUCCAGUGCGUAUGCAUGGACAUGAAUUUGGGAGAGCAAGUGGGAUGGCUCCACGUGCCAGGAUUGCUGUAUACAAGGCACUGUAUAGGCUUUUUGGAGGGUUUGUUGCAGAUGUAGUGGCUGCUAUUGAGCAGGCUGUUCAGGAUGGUGUGGACAUUCUCAAUCUCUCAGUGGGGCCAAACAGUCCUCCAGCAACAACCAGGACUACAUUUUUAAACCCUUUUGAUGCCACACUUCUUUCAGCUGUGAAAGCAGGAGUUUUUGUUGUUCAGGCAGCUGGAAAUGGAGGCCCCUUUCCCAAGUCCUUGUUGUCUUACAGUCCAUGGAUAACAUCGGUAGCUGCUGCAAUUGAUGAUCGCAGAUACAAAAAUCAUUUGACACUUGGAAAUGGAAAAAUCUUACCAGGAAUUGGUUUGGCACCUGCUACAAGUUGGAACAAGACAUUCACCCUUGUUGCAGCCAAUGAUGUAAUGUUGGAUGCUUCUGUUACAAAGUACAGCCCUUCGGACUGCCAGAGGCCUGAAGUAUUGAACAAGAAUUUAGUGGAGGGUAACAUUCUUCUAUGUGGAUAUUCGUUCAAUUUUGUUGUAGGUAGUGCAUCAGUAAAAAAAGUCUCAGAAACAGCUAAGAGCCUUGGAGCAGUUGGCUUUGUUCUUGCUGUUGAAAAUGUUUCUCCUGGUACCAAAUUUGAUCCUGUUCCAGUUGGUAUUCCUGGGAUUGUCAUCACGGAUGUCAGCAAGUCGAUGGAACUCAUAGACUAUUAUAACAUUUCUACUUCAAGAGAUUGGACUGGACGAGUGAGGAGUUUUAAGGCAACAGGUAGUAUUGGGGAUGGUCUUAUGCCUAUACUCCACAAAUCUGCACCCCAAGUAGCAUUGUUCUCUGCUCGAGGACCCAACAUAAAAGAUUACAGCUUCCAAGAUGCAGAUCUUCUCAAACCAGAUAUUCUAGCUCCUGGUGAUCUUAUUUGGGCAGCCUGGGCCCCAAAUGGAACAGAUGAUUCUAAUUAUAUUGGAGAGGGAUUUGCUUUGAUAUCUGGAACUAGCAUGGCAGCACCACAUAUAGCCGGUAUAGCGGCGCUUGUGAAGCAGAAACAUCCACAUUGGAGUCCAGCUGCCAUAAAAUCUGCCUUAAUGACAACCUCAACAACAUUGGAUCGAGCAGAUAGGCCUCUUCUGGCCCAGCAAUACUCUGGAUCAUCUGAAACUAUUACACUGGUGAGUGCUACCCCAUUUGAUUAUGGGAGUGGCCAUGUGAAUCCCAGAGCGGCUCUGGAUCCUGGACUCAUCUUUGAUGCAGGUCAUGAGGACUAUGUUAUGUUCUUGUGUGCAAUACCAGGCAUUGAUCCUCAUGAAAUAAAAAAUUUCACUAGCUCAUCAUGCAACUCGACUGUUGGCCGUGCAUAUGAUCUCAACACCCCAUCAAUCACUGUCGCCCAUCUGGUGGGAACUCAGACCGUUACGCGCACAGUUACAAAUGUUGCAGAAGAAGAAACCUAUGUUCUAGCACCAAGAAUGUCCCCAGAUAUUGCAAUUGAAGUCGACCCCCCAGCAAUGACUUUGCUGCCUGGAGGGUCACGGAAGUUCACUGUGACUCUCACUGUGAGAUCUGUGACAGGAACCUACAGCUUUGGAGAAGUUCUAAUGAAAGGUAGCAGAGGUCACAAGGUAAGGAUCCCAGUGGUGGCUAUGGGUUACCAGCAUUGAUUGUGUUGGUUAUCUAUGUACUACGAGAGGAUUUUGAUAUUCUUUGUGUAGUAAAAAAUGAAAUAAGAUUUUGUUAUGUAUUUAUAUAGAUAUAUCUGAGGAAAAGAUGUAAAGUUACUCGUGCGAGGAGGAAAUUCUAGUUUCCACUUAAUUUAGUUUUUUUCAUCUUUUGGUUUUGAUGAUAAUUGCAACCAACAUCCCUUAUAAGAAAAAGAGUGGAAGUCUUGGGUGAACCUUGGAGACUCGGUCCCAGUCUUCCAGAGGAUGCUUGUUACUUUGUUUUGAA